AUGAGACUUGUUCAUUGUCUUCGCUAUGAGCUGCUCUUCCUCGCGCUUGGAGUAUUGGCUAGUGCUAGCAUGGAAGUAGUCAAUGCCAACCCUCGAAAGUCAUUCCAAGGCAUUGCCCAAGUCCGGUCGGAGGAGCUACUCGGCACCUCUGACUUGGACACAAGGCUCGUGGAGCGCGCAGAGUGCGGCCUUGGCAAGAAGGUUUGCAACAAUGGCUGCAUUCCCAUGCUGGCCACAUGCUGCGAGACCGGAGGAGGAUACUGCGAUAUCUCAGAAUACUGCACUUCGGAUGACGGAUGUUGUCCUAUCGGCAAGACCUGCUCUGGCACUGGUUCCUGCUCCAGCGAUGAAGUUCCAUGCGGGCCAAAGGGUUACUGCAUACCCAGUGAUGGAAAUUGCUGUACGUCCGGGACUGGGUACUGCCCCAAGGUCAAAUCUUGCAUCGUUCGAGAUGGCGAGACAUUCUGUUCCUCCGAUGGCACGAGUUAUUCGUAUACAUUCAACCUAGGAAGCAGUUCACUCGCCACGUCCACAAGGUCCCUCACACUCGAUCUUACCUCACUAUCUUCGACCAUCGAGAGGGCAACGACAACAACUGCAAGAACAAUUGGGUUCUCAUCCUCAUUCCCAUCAAGCUCAGAGGAAGAUUCUAGCAGCACUACCAGUUCUGUUUUUGCUACUGAAAGCAGUGAGGAGGCUUCUACAUCCAUCAUCGAGAGCACUGCGACGACUUCCGAGUCGAGCGUGACAACGGCAACCGAGGCUGCGGCGACAACGAGCCAGCCUGGGGCUUCCACAAGGGUCCAAGUUUCAGGUUUUGUCCUGCUCUCAUGGUUGGCCGCUAUGUACCUGUGGGCCUAG